AUGACUAAACAGAGACAUGGUGGACGACAAAAUAGGUCCUCUGGUGGGUCCGGAGGUGGUGGCAGAGGAGGUGGUGGUGGUGGAAGAGGCGGCGGAGGCGGCGGAAGAGGGGGUGGAAGAGGCGGUGGAAGAGGUGGUGGCGGUGGUAGUACUAAACUAGGAAAACUUUCGUAUAAUUCAGGCGAAGAACCUGCAUUUAUAAGACAAUUUAAAGAACGUACUGGAUACAAAGCACCAGCAACAACUGAUGAUAAACGUAGAACACUUAUGAAUGAUACCAGUGACAAUGAUGAAGGACCACGCGAUGGAGAUUAUAGAAAAGAUGAUGAAAAACCUCAAAUAGUUCAAUUAGGUGUCACCGAUUUAAGUAAAGAAGAAGUUGACAUUGAAAUAGCAAAAGUAAAAGAAGCUGAGGAAGAAAAAAAUUGCAUUGACUCGACUGGGCGUUUAUUGUUUCGGAAGCCGAAAGAAAAAUCAGAUGAAAGCGACACUACAACUACAGCAAGUAAAUCUGAUAUUGUUGAAAUGGCAUCAAAUAAAACAAAUAAACGAAAACAUACAACAGCAUCAACAACUACAGAAAAAGAAAGUCAUCAUCAUCAACAUGUGAAUGAACCUAAAAAGACUAAAACACAAUUGCUUUCAUUUAUGGAUGAAAGUGGAUUUGAUGGAGAUGAUUAA